UUGGUCGAAGUCGAAAAAACCGCGACCUCUAAUCAAGUACUGUUACCUUUACACCUUCAUUAAAAACAAUCGUACAAAGUUCAAGAAACGCGAACAACGGCGAUAAGAUGUUUAUUGAUCACGUUAUCGAUCUGUUUACUUAUAUUAAUAAAAAACCCCGCUUUACUUUUACUUGUUGGUUCCGUAACUGUCGCCUUUACAAAAAUACAUAAAAGUUCAGGUAUAGAUAGAGCUGAGUGCCCUUCCAAUUUGGCUACCCGGUAGAUAUUAUACGCGCCUUUACAAAAUUGUUUAGAUAGCGAGAUCCGGUAUGGAGGUUGCGGGGGUGAAAUUCGCUCCGCUCUACGUCCCGCUGGAACGCCGCCUCCAGACGCUGGCGGCUGGCGUCGGUUUCCUCUGGCUCAUAUUCGGCGGUAUCGUGUGCCUUUUCCUCAGCAUCUACCUGGUGCUGUUCACCAGGUUGUGGUGGGCCACACUCCUGUAUCUCACGUGGGUAUUCUUCUUCGACGUCAAAGUCUGCGAGCGGGGAGGGCGGACUAUUAAAUGGGUGAAGAGCUGGAGUUGGUGGAAGUACAUGAAAGACUAUUUUCCCGUCAGCAUGGAGAGGCUGCCAUGGGUCGAGCUGGACGAAAAGCGCAACUACCUGUUUUGUUGUUUUCCACACGGCAUGUUGUCGUUGGGAGUCCUAUGCGCUUUCAUCAACGAACACGGAGGGUUCAAGACAUACUUCCCCCGCCAUAAGCAGCACGUGGUCACCCUCACCCAGCACUACAUGAUGCCAUUUUUCAGGGAAAUGGCUCUCGCCCUGGGCGGCAUAUCCGCAACCGCCGAGUCCAUAGAGUACGUCCUCGGGUAUCCGGGAGGAGGCCACGUGUGCGUUCUCAUGCCCGGCGGAGCCCAGGAAUCGUAUUACUGCAAACCCGGUCAAUAUAAGAUCAUCCUUAAGAAAGUUUCGUUCCAGAGAAAGGGUUUCGUGCGGCUGGCCCUACGCAACGGUACUCCGUUGGUGCCGGUACUGUCGUUCGGCGAGACCGACACCUUCGAUCAACUGGAGGGAGAAACAUUGAGGAAGAUCCAGGAGGUGCUCAGGAAAUGGAUAGGACUGGCACCGGUGGUUCCGGUGGGUCGGGGUUUUUUCCAGUACUCGUUCGGUUUAGUGCCCAGGAGGAAACCCAUCGUCGUAGUCGUGGGUCACCCGUUGGACGUGCCCAAAAUAGAGAACCCGUCCGCGGAUGAGAUAGAGGAGUACCAUUCCAAGUUCGUCGACCACCUGGUGCAAAUGUUCGAGGAACAGAAGCACAAUUACAUCGAAGACGCGAACAACAAACAUUUGAUCGUCGAGUAGGCGGUGCCAUUUCCCAAUAAUCCUUUUUUAUUAGAAUUUGUUGUAUUCU